AUGGGGCUGGCCCUUGUUCUUACCGCUCGGAAGUUAAGACCGUACUUCCUGUCACAUUCGAUAGUAGUAAGAACCAAUUUCCCUUUAAAGAAAACGUUGGGCCGGAUGGAUGUGUCAGGCCGGAUGGUUAAAUGGGCGGUGGAGUUAGGCCAGUUUGAUAUUGAGUACGAGCCCCGCACGGCCAUUAAGGGGCAGGCCCUAGCCGAGUUCUUGCAAGAAACAAUACAAAGAGAGCAGGAAGCCGAGUGGAAGGCCUUUAUAGAUGGGUCAUCGAACCAGGCCGGAAGUAGAGCGCGGAUCAUGCUGGUAAGCCCCACGGGUGAAGAAUAUGAGUACGCAGUCAGGUUGACCUUUCGGGCCUCAAAUAACGAGGCGGAGUAUGAAGCCCUGAUAUAUGCCCUCCAGCUAGCCGCGGAAGCAGGGGCGAACUGCCUAGAGGUAUAUUCAGACUCCCAGCUGGUGGUCCAGCAGAUGAAAGGGAUAUUCGAGACGAAAGACGAAAGGAUGGGAGACUAUUGCGACAAAGUGAGGAAACUGUCCGCUGGUUUUCGUAGGAUAACCCUCGAACAAAUCCCGAGAAGCGAGAAUGAGAGGGCCGACUUCUUGGCUAGGGUCGGAAGCUUAUCUACCGAAUGCGAGAGCAGGAAAAUAACUAUCCUCCAGGGUCAUCCCCAGAAAUGCGAGGAGGUGGCCGUCGCGAGCGCGGCAGAUGAUCGGCGCACCGAUAUUAUCCGAUGUCUCGGAGGGUACGAGCUGCCUUGCCGACGCGAGCAGAACAAGUUGGUGGCAAGAAGUAGAGGUUUUUGUUUAGAUCGGGGUUUAUUAUACAAGAGGGGAUUCACAAGACCCCACUUAAAAUGUCUAAGCAGAGCAGAGGGAGUACGCGCGAUCAGAGAGGUGCACGAAGGCUGCUGCGGAGACCAUGCAGGGGGAAGAAUGCUAGCCAUGCGGCUGUUGAGGGCGGGGUAUUUCUGGCCCACCAUGCGGAAGGAUUCGAUUCAGUUUGUUAAAGCCUGUGAUAAAUGUCAGAGGUAUGGACCUCGGAUACACAUGCCGGGAGAAGAGAUGACUAUAAUGGACGCCCCUCGCCCCUUCCUGCGAUGGGGGAUAGACAUCGUCGGGCCAUUGCCAAUAGCAACCGGGCAAAUGAAGUUUUUGGUAGUCACCAUUGACUACUUCUCCAAGUGGGUUGAAGCGGAGGCCGUGGCAAGAAUCACGGACACAGAAAUCAUGAGAUUUAUCUGGCAAAAUAUAUGUUGUCGGUAUGGAAUACCGAUGGACCUCGUCUCGGAUAACGGCACCCAAUUCAAUUCAGCAAGGAUAACAAGAUGGUGCAGCGGCCUGGGGAUAGGUCAAAGAUUCGCAGCAGUGGCCCAUCCGCAAGCGAAUGGGCAAGUGGAGGUAAUAAACAGGAUUCUGAUGGAAGGCAUCAAAAAGCGAUUAGAGAAGUCGAAAGGCAAUUGGGUAGAGGAGCUGCACUCUGUCAUAUGGGCACACCGAACGUCGCCCAAAGAAGCAACAGGAGAAACCCCGUUCGCUCUAGUUCAUGGCUCAGAGGCGGUGAUACCACUUGAGAUCGGCAUCCCGUCCAGUCGAAUGCGGGAGCACAGCGACACCAGAAAUGACGAGGGGUUGAGAAUGGAGUUGGAUUUGAUCAUGGAAAGAAGGGAACAAGCCGUGGUCCGGAUGGAAGCUAACAAGGAAAGAAUCAAGAAUGCGUACGACAAAAAAGUAAGGAAAAGACUAUUCCAAGUAGGAGAUCUGGUGCUUAAACAAGCAGAUGCCUUGAAAGCCGUAGGGAAGAUGGAACCCAACUGGGAAGGGCCAUACAUAAUAAAAAAGGUGCUGAAAGGGGGGGCAUACGAGUUGGCAAACGAAGAAGAAAUGAAGCUUCCACGACCAUGGAAUAUAGGACAUCUUAAAAAAUACUUCACGUGA